UCAAGAAAACGCAAAAUCAUUUGAACCGUCGUGAAAAGGGAAUCUCGUUCAUCCAAUCUGCAUUCCGAUAUUAUUUCAAAGCCAGGCAUGGGGAAUACACACGGCAAGCUUGUGAGUGAUGAUAACACAAAGUGGCGUUUAAAAAAAUCUCGCAAGAUACAGGAUCCCGAAAGUAUCGAGGAAACGCGGGAGAAAGAUGUGGAGAACGAGAAAGAGGACGAGAUCGUGAAGGAGAAAGAGAAAGAAAACGAGAAGCAGGAAGAAGAGGAAAACAAAGAUGAAGGUGGAAAGGGAAUAAACCAAGAGGACGACCGCAACGGACAAGACUCCGUCGAUAAAGAGGAACCCAUCCAAGAUCGAACAAACGUGACAAACGAAGAGAAAGAAGAAGAAGAACCAGUAGAGAACACUUCUCAGGGCUCGGAAUCUCCCGAGGUCCAGCCGAAGCCCGAGCCGAGAACCAUAGAGGAGUUUGUUGGCUUAAACGUCGGUGGUGUGGUUUACACGACAAGUCGCAGUACACUGGUUCGAUACCCCGACUCGAUGCUGGGGGUGAUAUUUACGGCGGCGGUCCCGACCCCCAAGGAUAAGCAAGGAAACUAUAUGAUAGAUGCAGACGGUCAGAUGUUCCGAUACAUUCUGAAUUAUUUACGUCGUGGCACCCUCUCCCUACCCAAGGGUUUCGCAGAGUAUCGUCUCCUCUAUGAGGAAGCAGCCUUCUUCCAGCUACCAGACCUCAAGCAGCUCGUCUCUCAACAUUUGUCGCAAAUUGUUCCAAGUCAGGCCUUGCCACAAGCACAGGUGAAGGUGGAGACAGCCCCAGAGACGUCAAAGUAUGUCAUCGAGAUCUACGUCAGAGAAGACGACGACGUACCUCAGUCAUGGCGGAUCUACGGCAGCCUCGGCUUGCUGUCAAAGAUUCCAACCCUGACUGACUACAUGCAUAAUUACAGGAAAGGAAGCCAGUGCCUUGAGUUCACCACGCAGCAUCCGAUGUUCCCUUCGAACACCUAUAGAAGAUUCCCAAAGACCACUCUCUUCUAUCACAUCUUCGACAUCGGUUUCAAGCUCCACACCUCUGACUCUUUGGAGAUCGCUGACGUAGACAGUGCCAAAAUCACUUGGCUUAGAUACCUGUUCACGUCUACAACGUUAUAAUACGUUGUAUUGAUCAAAAUAAACAAUACUAGCCUUACUCUGAUUUUGGUCGACCACAAUAUCGCCAACUUUUAGUGAAGAGGUCUGU